AGCAAAUUGGUGUUGUUUCUCUCGGUUGUCAUAUUCUGUGCUGCAAACAUAAGCACGUGUAAAUAGUCGCAUAGCACAUUUCAGUCGGUACAAGUAUCGCUUGUGUGCAUUGUGAAUCCAAUUCGUUGAUUAUUUCGAGAAAAAACGAAUUUAUUCGUUGUUAAUUAUUAUCCAUCGUUGGUUUUAUACUUCAUUUGAAAAUGGGUCGCAAGGGUUUGUUCGCCGAAAAGCCAAAAAAGGGUCCGGGUAGGAAGGCUAAAAAGCAAGGACCACCAGUGCUCAGCCGACAAUUCAAAGCUGAAAAAGAGAAUAAAGAAGAGCAAAUACUAUCACAUCGCCAGAAACAACGGUUGGUAAAACGUGUAAAGAAGCAAGAAGAUAAGAAAAUCAAAAUGAGCGGCUAUGGCCGUAAUAAAAACAAACAGAAGCAACCGCAAAAAGUGUACAACAGUGACUCAAACGAUGAGAGUGACUCCAACGAGGAAGAGAGUGACGCUGAGGAAAAUGGACUUGAAAGUGACGGAGGCGAGAAUGUGGUGCAUGGCUUCACCGAUGAUAACAGCGAAUGGUUGAAACCGAAGAAAUCGGUACAGAAAGACAGCGAUGAGGAUGUCGAGGAAUCAGAACAAGAAAAUGAAGAGGAAGAAAUUGGAGAUGACGAGGAAUUAGAGGAAGAGCUAGAAGAAGAAUCGGAAGAUGAUGACAAUUUGAAGGUCGAAAGUUUGGCCAACUUCACUGGUGAAGACGACGACGACGACGAAGACGAAGAUGAGGAAGAAGAAGAUGACAGAUUCGAUGGUGAAGCUGAAUCGGAUGAUAGCGAUCAAGAUAGCGAUGAAGAAGAGUUGCCGAUUGAAAAGAAAAACCGACAACUGAAAAUCAAGCAAGAGAAAGAGGCAAAAUUGGCUGAAGAAGAGUUGCAAGAGAGCAUGGUCAACCAAGAAGUGUUCCAGUUUCCGGACGAGAGCGACGAAACACCAGUCACAUUGCAGGUCGUUCAACAACGGAUUAAAGAUAUUUCCGUUGUUUUGGCUGAUUUCAAUCGACGCCGUUUGCCGAACAAAUCACGCCAAGAUUACUUGGAGCUAUUGCGCAAAGAUCUGUGCAUGUACUACAGUUAUAACGAUUUUCUAAUGGAGAAAUUGAUGCAAAUUUUCCCAGUAAAUGAAUUAUUCGAGUAUUUGGAAGCAUCAGAGGUUCCUCGACCGCUCACAAUCCGAACCAACAGCUUGAAAACACGUCGUCGUGAUUUGGCUGCCGCUCUUAUCAAUCGCGGUGUUAAUUUGGAUCCACUUGGUAAAUGGACUAAAAUCGGUUUGGUUGUUUACAAUUCAAACGUUCCACUGGGCGCCACACCAGAGUAUCUUGCUGGUCAUUAUAUGAUUCAAGGAGCGAGUAGUAUGUUGCCGGUGAUGUCUUUGGCACCACAAGAAAAUGAACGUGUGCUGGAUUUGUGUGCCGCACCGGGUGGCAAAAGUUCACAUAUCGCAGCACUCAUGAAAAAUACCGGUGUGCUUUUUUCAAAUGAUGCAAACAGAGAUCGUAUCAAGGCCGUGGUCGGUAAUUUCCAUCGUUUGGGUGUGAUGAAUGCUGUUGUGAGUUGCGAAGAUGGUUGCAAAUACAAGAGUAUAAUGACGGGAUUUGAUCGUAUAUUGGUUGAUGCUCCAUGCACAGGAACUGGUGUCAUUUCAAAAGAUCCCAGUGCGAAAACAUCCAAAUCUGAUGUCGAUGUGCAACGUUGCUACAAUAUCCAACGUAAAUUAUUGCUUACAGCUAUUGACUGUCUGAGUGCAAAGAGCGCAACUGGCGGCUAUGUAGUCUAUUCCACAUGCUCAAUUUUGCCCGAGGAAAAUGAAUGGGUCAUUGACUACGUGUUAAAGAAACGAAACGUUAAGCUUGUGCCAACUGGUCUUGAUUUUGGAACGGAAGGUUUUGUUAAUUAUCGCCAACAUCGAUUUCAUCCAACAAUGAAACUUACGCGCCGUUACUAUCCACACACGCAUAAUAUGGACGGUUUUUUUGUUGCAAAACUCAAGAAAUUCUCCGAUGUUAUUCCAGUGUCAAAGGAUGACGAAAACGAAGAAUUGAAGGUCGAUGAAAAUGGUGAAAAUGGCACCGAAGCUACAAAUGGUGACGGCGCCGACGAUCAAACCGAAAACAAGAAGAAGCGAAAAUUGGCUGGCAAACCAACACUCACGCCCGAAGAGAAGAAACGUAAAAAGGAUGAGGAACAAAAGAAAUUCGUUACAAAUGUUUAUGAAAAACCACAGAAAAUCAAGAAUAAGAAUAAGAAUAAAAAGAAGAAAAAUUAAAUUGAAUAUUUUUAUGGAAACAAUUUAUUGUAAUUAUUAUAUGAUUAAAUGAUAACAUUGAAUAAAUUUUAAUGAUGCAACAUUCAUUUUUCUAAAUUGUCAA